AUGAGUGACGGGGGCAGCGUGUGGGCUCUGGCCAUCGGCUGGGCGCUGGCCGUGCUGUGCGGAGGCGCCGGGCGCCUGGACAGCCGCUGCCUGGCUGGAGGGAAGCACAAGGCGGCCCCUAGCCCCGAGGAGCAGCUGGGCGUUUGCCAGCUCUAUGCCGCCAACGCCUGCUGCUCCCCCAGGGUGGCCCGGGAGAUCUCCAGCGCCCCACUCGCCAAGGUCAACGACAUCUACUGGGAUCGCUGCGGGAACCUCAGCCCCAGGUGCGAGCACUACCUGCAGCGGGUUGAAUGCUUCUACCGCUGCUCCCCCAGCGCCGCCCGCUGGCCCCACCCCCAGCGCCCCACAGCCGUCCUGGAGGUGCCCCUGUGCCUGAGCUUCUGUGAGGCGUGGUAUGAAGCCUGCAAGGAUGACCUGACUUGUGCCCGCAACUGGGUGAGUGACUGGCAGUGGGGUCCCCAGGGGAACAACUGCAGCCGGGACUGUGUGCCCUACAGCCAGAUGUACCGGGACAGCAGGGAGCUCUGCGAGAACAUCUGGGGUGACUCCUUUGUGGCCGCCCGGGAGCCCUGCCCGUGCCUGAGCCUGACAGGCUCCGACGCCAACCCACUGCCCGAGGACGGGGACAGCUCGGAGGAGCCGGACUCCACCAAAGCCGGCAGCCCCCGGGGGCCCUGCCCGGCCAGCGGCCUCCUCCGGCGCGGCCUGCGCAAGCGCUCCAUCUUCAUGGAGGACGUGGAGGGGAGCGGGAGUGGGUUCUAA